UCUCCGCCGGACUGACUGCGGCCAGCGGCGGCCUCUCUGCCUUUUGUUCGCCGGGGGGCUGGAAGCACCGAGGAGAGACUGACAGAGCCGCAUCCAUGCAACAGCGCACUUUGUAGUAAAAUGAUCAUCUGUACGAGUAAGAUGGAGAGAAGCCAGUUCCCCCUGAGAAGCCCGUGCCAGCGCGUCCACAAACAGGUGGUGGUGAACGGUGAGAAGGAGCGCGUGUCACUGCUGUUCAUGAAGGCUCUGGUCAGCAGGGGGAGCGUGGACGCGGUUUUCCAGCAGAUGGCCUCUCACCCUCAGUACUUGGAGAGCUUCCUGCGCACACAGCACUACAUCCUGCACAUGGACGGCCCUCUGCCGCUGCCAUACCGCCAUUACAUCGCCAUCAUGGCUGCUGCACGACAUCACUGCAACUACCUGGUGUACCUGCAUUCAGCUCAGUUCCUGAGGGUGGGCGGCGACCCUCUGUGGCUUCAGGGUCUGGAGGCAGCACCACCUCGCCUUCGCCUCCUUGCCCACAUCAACAAGGUGCUGGCCCACCAGCCCUGGCUCAUCGCCUGCUCACAUAUUCAGAAUCUGCUGAAGUCGGGCGAGCAGUGCUGGUCGCUGGCGGAGCUGGUGCAGGCCGUGGUGAUCCUGGCCCACUGCCACGCCCUCUGCAGUUUUGUGUUUGGAUGCGACACAGACUCAGACUUUGUCCCUCGCUCCAAAUCUCCUAACGGUACCCCGCCGACCUUCUGCCCCUUUGAUGCUGCCAACGGCAACACCAACGUGCCUCAGUCCCUCGCCACUCCCUCCGAACACAAAGCACGACGACGGUCUCUUGACUCCAGUUGCGACAUGGCUUGUCUAAAAGAGAGGAUCCAGAAGUCUCAGGAGGAGCGAGAGAAGAGAGAGGAGCGUCUGCUGCAGACCCAGACGCUCCAGCAAACAGACAUGGAAGAGGAGGAGGAGAUAAUAUGCUUUGCAGACCCGUCGCGGUUCAUCACAGACCCCAACUUCUGUUACGUGGAGUUUGCUCGGAGAGAGGAGGACCACUUCCAAGUAUUCAGAGUUCAGGACUAUUCAUGGGAGGACCACGGCUUCUCCUUAGUCAACAGAUUGUAUUCGGACAUCGGGCACCUCCUGGACGACAGAUUCAGGAGCGUGACCACUCUCCCCUCGUUGCACAGCUCCGACCUGAAGAGGGCGAUCUGGAAUUACAUCCACUGUGUGUUAGGAAUACGCUAUGACGAUUAUGACUAUGGGGAAGUGAACCAGCUGCUGGCACGGGAUUUAAAGCUGUACAUCAAGGCGGUGGCCUGUUUUCCGGACGCCACCAAAACUCCAGUGUGUCCUCUGAGUUGGGCUCUACUCAAAACUUCAGAAAGGAUACAUGUGAAUCUGCUCAUCAUGGAGGCGCGGCUGCAGGCGGAGCUGCUGUACGCUCUGAGAGCCAUCACUCAGUACAUGAUUGCCUAAGUGCUCGGAGAGGCACUAAGUCGAAACUCUUCACCGGUACCGAGACCCAGAGACGCGAGGAUGAAGUCUCAACGGGACGAGAGCGCCACUUGGAGGGACACAGCUCCGUUGUUUUGUAGCUGUGCCUCAUGAAUAUGCUUCUCUUUUCCUCAGAGUUAAUGUAUUUAUACCAUAGUGUGCCACAGUCCCCUCAUCCCCCCCCCCCCUUUCUGCAGACUCCUGUU